AUGGACAGAAAUCCACGAGCAAAUGCAGGUUGGCCAAAAGGAAAGCAAGUAUUCACUUCUAAAAUGUCUUCGGGAGUUCCAUUAACUAUUGAAAGGACAAUCAACUUAUAUCCAUUAACCAACUACACGUUUGGAACCAAGGAACCCUUGUACGAAAAGGACAGUUCGGUACCAGCAAGAUUCCAACGCAUGCGAGAUGAUUUUGAAAAAAUUGGAAUGCGUCGGUCUGUAGAAGGAGUUUUGAUAGUGCAUGAACAUUCUUUACCUCAUGUUUUGCUCCUACAACUUGGUACCACUUUCUUCAAGUUACCCGGCGGUGAAUUAAAUCCAGGGGAGGAUGAAGUUGAAGGCUUGAAACGACUUUUGACAGAGACUUUGGGAAGACAAGAUGGCGGACCAAUGGAAUGGGUUGUUGAGGACACCAUAGGAAACUGGUGGAGGCCAAAUUUUGAGCCCCCUCAAUAUCCAUAUACACCAGCUCACAUCACUAAACCUAAAGAACACAAGAGACUUUUCUUAGUGCAGUUACCUGAGAAGGCGUUAUUCGCAGUUCCUAGAAAUUAUAAGCUUGUGGCUGCACCCCUGUUUGAACUUUAUGACAAUUCUGCAGGAUAUGGACCUAUCAUUUCUAGUUUACCACAGACCCUGAGCAGAUUUAACUUUUUAUAUAACUAA